AUGUCGUCUUCAAAUGCCGAAUACAUGGCCAUGGAUAUCAUCACGUACAUUGGUGUACCCCUGGCGGUUCUCGGAGUCCUGCCCAUCUUGUAUAACACGAGGUCGGAAUACUGGCAACUUGCGAGACAGCCAAGCCAGAUACCGGGCGGUUCGUGGACAACUUUCCACUGGAAAACGAACACAAUUGGGUUCAAAACUCAACGGAUCGAAUACGCCGAUCAGCUUCGGCAACCCCAGGUUGAGGUCGCUUUCGAUGAGCUUGUCUCGUAUCUUCUUGAUCUAGGUGCGGUCCCUGAUGCCCAUGGCUGGAAGCUAUUGCGGUCCGCUGGUCUGUGGACUCCGAUGGGAUGCUCUUUGAUGACCGCACCUGGGGGACAGAUGGCGCUGACCAUUGCGCCGCUGGAUGACUCGGACGGACACCUCUCGCUUGCUGUCAAUUGGUCGUCGUCGUGGACCACACGGGACUUCUCGUCUUUACCGCCGUACUGGGUUCGCUUGCCGCCACCCCCCAUGAAGCCAGCAACGCCAAAGUCUGAGAACUCAACUUCGCCGGGACCCGUGGAAACGGAAGAGGGCGCCGAACCCGAGGUCGAAAAUAACAGCCUGUGCAAAGAAUCGUUGGACUCGAUCCAAAAGCCGGGUCAAGCCAACGCAAGUACAGUCAUCACCUGUCAAAUAUCCGUCGAUGGCCUGGUCGCCGCUUUGACGCAGGAGACAGAGAUUUUCACCUCAAGCUCAAAUAUCCAGAGUCUUUACAUAGAACAUCUUUGCACCCGGAGUGGCAGGAUGGAUGGUGUGUGGUUUGCGAGCGCUGCUACGGCUUACGGAACAACCAGCCAGACCGUGUUGUGGAACUACAAGAUCCCUGACGAGAUCCUCAACUUUGCAAGAACAGACACUUUGCCAUGUGGUAUACUCGUCUUGCUGGACGUGGUGGAAGAGUCACAAACCCCACAAUGGGCAAUGACGUAUAAUACACAUGAGGAGGGACAUGAGUUCGUCAAACCAAGUACAGAACAGCGACUCGCACUGCAGGCUGAGGCCAAGAUGACACAUGAGCAACAGCAGAUUGCGUCACGAGAUCGAAUGCAGCGUGAGAUGACGCAACGUAUGCAGGAUAUGCGUGACAAAACUCGCCUCAAAGCUCAGCGCCGUGAGGCACGUACUGUCGAGGCACUGCAGAGUCCCAAAUGGGACACAAAACUUGUUGCGGAGCACAAUCUUUGCUGGUUAAAAGCCCAAGGUCAUAUUGAUGAGUCGAUCGCCCUGAAAGAUACAGUCGGGAUGUUACUUCACCGCAUAAUUCUGGAUGGUCGGCUCGCAUCAUCCGUCUGCAAGAUGUUGAACUUGUGGAAGGCUUGGGCAGAUAACGGAGGAAUGAGGAAGUCAGACUUCCAUUAUUUACAGGAGUCUCCGCUGGUAUUUGCCGAGGCCAGUCUAUUGAUUGCUACAAUCAAGGACACGACGACGGCGCAGGAGGGAACACUUUCGAUGGAUUUGCAAGAGUGUAUGAAGAUGUGGAAGACAGUUAGGUUGGGUUAA